AUGUCCAUCAUUCCAGCCAUCAAACCGGAUAUCCCUGGCUCAUCCUCUGAUCUCGCGCAAGAACCCCUUCAACCAGCUGGCCAAAGUCGCUGGAUCUAUUGCACCAAAGUCUUUAUUUCUAUUCUUCUGUCUUUUAUUCUCUACUCUGCUGCAUCUAACCUGGAGCGGUGGGAGGCGUUUCGGUCUUGGCUAGUUCAAGAUAUCUAUGGUUCUGUUGUUCCGGAAAAGAAAAUCUCGCCGGUAUACGACCCCAUCCCGCCCGGUAUUGAACUCGGGGAAUGUAUCAAAUGGGAUGAUUAUUCCGACGUUCAUGAAGUAUCUUCGAUUAGUGUCAGCCUCAGUCUCGACGAUUCUGCGCGGGACCUUCUAUUCGUUUCUCGAGGACAGCUUGCCUCUGGGACUUUCCGCCUUACGCAGUCGAACACAGGAAACCGGAUCAACGUAAACGCAACAGUAUCGACCAGCCUGGAGUACAAAGACAUCAAGAUUUGCAAAGUUGUUCGCGAGGAUGGUGCUGUUGGUGUAGGGAUAUUCGCACCGUCCAACAGCGCGCCUCGGUACUCUCCCUGCAAUGUCCCACCGAACAUAUCGUUCAACGUGGACCUCCCGAUGUCCAUGUCGUCUUUGAACUCCCUGGAAACCGACCUUCCUCGUUUUCGUCAAUCGCUAACGGACCUCACGCAAGAGAUGUUCUUCCACAAGCUUAAGCUCCAGUCAGCCUCAUAUCAGCCCAUCUCUGUCGAGUCAACCAGUGGAGAGAACAUAAAAAUCAAGACUCAAGGGGGUGUAUCCGGCCGGUUCACCGCAAACUCUUCGUUUAGCGUCGAAGGCGAGGCCGAAGAUAUUGAUGUCGAGCUGAACCUCGUCAACGACGAUAUCGAUCGACCCACCCUUGCCAGGGUGAAGGGUGUACAGAGGUCCUGCUGGGGAUGUCAACCAGUGCUGCGGGAAAUCUCCGAAUUGCCAGAGCAGAAGACCAUGAAGAUCUCUACUAACCUGACCAUCCCGGAUAACCGAGGGGGCGCCUUUGACAUCGCCGCGACUUCACCUCAUAGCUUCUCAAUCAAAGUCGGCGACGCACCUUUGGACUCUGUCAUCAACAUCGCAGCAGGCAUCGUUGGUGACAACGUUACCAGCGGCUGGGGUGACUUGGAGUUUAGCGAUGCCGUUGAAGACCCUUCUGGACGGAACACUGGCAGGAUGCGCCAGUUGAGGCUUUACGAGGCCCAUCGACGCGGUGUACGCGGUUCGACAUGGUGGUCGGAGGAAACGAAAUCGAGGGGUAAUGUGUCUCUGAUAGUCGAUCGGGGAAUCGGAAACCUUGGGCACGACUGCGGAUCGAACUCUCGGAUAACACGUGAGAAAAUCCAAAGGCGGGCCCGUGCCGAAGCUCCGGCACAAUGGGGCCAAGGUUUUCGGUGUUCUUCAUUUGCCUCUCACCUCCACCUUCUGCGCCCAGAUCAAGCCCAAGUGCUGCUGUUUUCAUGGAAGGCUGGUGCUCUCCAAUGGAACCGGGUUAAAAUGACGGCACCAAACACCAAUGCGGGUCCUGGGUCUAGAAUAAGCAUCAAAGUAGGCGUCAUCGAAAUUGCAGGGAAUUCCAACAAAUUACGCAGGCGUGCACAUUUGGAAAUCAUCUUCAAGACCUCCUAA